AUGAGCCGUGCGGCCAGCGCCGCCGUCACACACAUUCGACAAUCUGUCAAGCCAUCCCAUAUUAUGGGGUGGUGGAACUGGUUUCCGUCAAAUCGACGCUUGCCUCGUCUGUGCCAUCGCACGCACUGUUGGGCGGCGGCAAAGAGUUGUAGGCACGCGACGUUGCGACAGCAGCAUGUGGGCUUUGGUUCCCCGGGGGGGGGGGGGGGUUCGGGCGAGGCGAAAAUUGGCAGACAUGCCUCGGCAGCGCGCUUUGCAAACUGCAUGGCCAAGAACAUAAGCAAUGAACCAAUGCUUGGAACAUGCUGGCAACCGAGCCUUGGCCCUCGGCGGAAACGAGACAUACACUACAUCUAG